AUGUACAGCACACGAGGAUAUGAUGACGAUGAAUCUACUGAAGCAUAUAUUAUCAUUGAUAAGGUUCAACCGGAUAUUGAAGAACUAACACCGAAUAUGGAAGAUAACGAAGAUGCCGAAUCAAAAAAAUCAGAAACACCAAAUUUAGGAAAAUUGGAAUAUUCAUUAGAUUAUGAUUUUCAAAAGCAAGAGCUUAAAGUCGAAGUAAUUCAAGCCCAAGAACUACCAGCGAUGGACAUGGGUGGUACAUCUGAUCCUUAUGUUAAACUCUAUGUAUUACCGGAUAAAAAGAAAAAAUUUGAAACCAAAGUUUAUAGAAAAACAUUAAAUCCAAUAUUCAAUGAAACAUUUAUAUUCAAGAACUUACCAUAUGGUGAAAUUGGUGGUAGAACACUUGUAUUUGCUGUUUAUGAUUUUGAUCGAUUUUCUCGACAUGAUCAAAUUGGCGAGCUUCAUAUACCAUUGAAUUCUGUAGACUUGGGAAAAGUUAUUCGAGAAUUAAGAGAUUUAUCUCCACCUCCUGGAGAGGGAGAAGCAGAAAAUAAACUUGGUGACAUAUGUUUUUCUUUACGUUAUGUACCAACAGCUGGAAAAUUGACAGUAACCAUAUUAGAAGCUAAAAAUUUGAAAAAAAUGGAUGUUGGUGGAUUAUCAGAUCCUUACGUAAAAUUAUCGUUAAUGAUGAAUGGUAAACGAUUGAAAAAGAAGAAAACAUCGAUUAAGAAAUGCACACUAAAUCCAUAUUACAAUGAGUCAUUUUCGUUUGAAGUACCAUUUGAACAGAUACAGAAAGUACAACUGGCAAUAACAGUCGUUGAUUAUGAUAGAAUUGGAACAUCUGAACCAAUAGGUAAAGUUAUUUUGGGUUGUAAUGCAGCCGGUACUGAGCUUCGCCAUUGGAGUGAUAUGUUAGCAUCACCUCGACGACCAAUAGCUCAAUGGCAUUCAUUAAAAGAUCCAGAAGAUGGUAAACCAUCAUAA